ACGCGAUCGCCUUUCCAUCGCGCGCGCCGCACUCCUCGCGGGUGGAGGCAAAGAGCUCUCGCAGUGAGCGCAGCGCCGAGGACCGCUGCAGUCGACAUCUUGUGCGUCUGUGUGUUCGUACUCGUUCCGAUUGUGAAGUGUCUUCGCGAGCGCGCAGGAGAGAAAGUGCGAGUUAUGCGGAGCGUCGCUUGAUCGCACGGAGCGCAGAGAGCCCCACGAUGCAGGAGGUAGUCCAGUGCGAGCGCCGGAUCCCCCGGAUCAUCUGCACGAGAGCGUCCUUCUGCGACGACGACCUGGAGCCCGAGUCCAACAACAACAACAACAACAACAACAACCACGCGAGCCACGUCAACAACAACAACAACAACAACAACAACAAAGUCCACCAGAGCCACAUGGCCAGGCAAAAGAAGAUCGCGAGGAGCCGGGUGAGGAGGAACUCGAGGCGGCUCACGCUCUCGGCCUCCGACUGCAGGAGGUCCUCCUCGUCCUCGAGGAGCCCCUCGCCCAUCGUCUGCGCGGCCGAGAAGCGCAGCCAGAGGAGCGCCGACGUCGCCGAGGACGAGGCGGCGAAGAACCUGCUGAACUGCUGCGAGGCCUCCGGCUACAGGCAGUACCUCGAGCUCCUCGACGUGCCCAGCCUCUACUGGAACAACGUCGAGUGGAGCGAGCCCAGCGGCGACGAUCUCAGCAGCGAGUGGGACUCAGAUCAGAGCUUCAAGUGCGAGAAGAUCGACGACGAGGAGAUCGAGAACCGACCGGUUGUCAAGACGUCCGGCUGGAGAAAACUGCGCAACAUCGUGCACUGGACGCCGUUCUUCCAGACGUACAAGAAGCAGCGCUACCCAUGGGUCCAGUUAGCGGGUCACCAGGGCAACUUUCGCGCGGGCCCCAUGCCCGGAACUAUUCUCAAGAAGCUCUGCCCCCAAGAGGAGGCCUGCUUCCGGCUGCUCAUGCACGACGUCCUCAGGCCAUACGUGCCGGAGUACAAGGGUGUCCUCGACGUCAGGGAGCUCGAGGACCGAGGCAAAGCCGAACCGAACAACCAGAGCGAGGCCAGCCUGGCGAACAACGAUAGCGGCGAGAACGACAGCAAAGGCACGAUAGUCGCCUCCUAUCUCCAGCUCCAAGACCUCCUCGGCGAGUUCGAGCAGCCCUGCGUCAUGGACUGCAAGGUCGGCGUGCGAACCUACCUCGAGACCGAGCUCGCCAAAGCCAAGGAACGACCGAAGCUGCGCAAAGACAUGUACGAGAAGAUGGUGCAGGUGGAUCCGAGCGCGCCGAGCGCCGAGGAGCGUCGGUUGCAGGGCGUCACCAAGCCCAGGUACAUGGUCUGGCGCGAGACGAUAUCCAGCACGGCGACUCUCGGCUUCCGCGUCGAGGGCAUGAAACUCGCGCGCGGAGGCUCCUCCAAGGACUUCAAGACCACCAGAACGAGGGAGCAGGUAAUGGAGGCAGUGCGUCGCUUCGUCGACGGCUACCCGCACGCGAUCUCGAAGUACCUUCAACGCCUCAAGGCGAUUCGCGCGACCCUCAAGGCAUCACCGUUCUUCGCAACUCACGAGGUCGUGGGCUCGUCCCUUCUGUUCGUGCACGACGCCAAAAACGCUGGCGUCUGGAUGAUCGACUUCGCGAAGACGCUGCCGCUGCCGCAACACCUGCCCCGCAUUGCCCACGACGCCGAGUGGCAGGUUGGCAACCACGAGGACGGCUACCUCAUUGGUGUCAACAAUCUCAUUGACAUCUUCGAGGAGAUCAAGGAGUCCGAAGAUGCCUCGUAGUGCGCAGUUUGAAGGAACGAAUUAUAAACACAGUGUGUCGAUCAAGUUUUGUGCAGUUUGAAAAGCCGAUGUGUAUGGACAGGAGUUAAAGAAGUACCGGUAGAUAAAUACUCGCGUCGGAUUCAAGAUUGACUAUGUGCGUGUGCGUUUACAUUUAAACAAUCGAUGGUGUGUAUUAAAUUAAUACAGCUGUUGUUGAUGAGACUGUUGGCACGAGCCUAGUAUUUGGCUAGUAUUUGGUUACUGGUAACUUCGUGUUGUGUACAAAAGUAGAAAUUCGUUGCAAGUAUGCUGAAGAUUUCCGAGUUUAAUAAAUUGUCGAAAGUUUAGCUACUGUUAAAAUAUUCAAGUGCGAUAUCGGAUCAAUACUGACAAUGCUUAUCAAUGAUAAGUACUCGACUAGUGCACGAACAUGCACAUUUAUAAAGAGGCUCGAUUGAACAUUUCAAAUUUUAAUGUCUCGGAAAUAUGUUAUUAUCUAGGCAACAGUUAUAAAUUAAUCGCGUUUAAACCCGAGUUCCGCAGUACGAGAAUUAUAUUUUAGGGUGUGAUUGAUUUUCUCAAAUCUUUCAGUUUUUAGUGCAUUGCUUGAUGUGAAAGCGCAAAUUAAUCACCGAGGAAAGAGCUCGAAAUCGGGCAAAACUUAUUUAACAAAAUCAAUUGCUCAUUUGUACGUUGCUCACAAUGAAUAGUUUUUAAGAAAGCUACUUUGCUUGCUACCUUUACUAUUUAAUUUAUUCGCAAUGGCGUUACAAAAGUAUUUCUCGGUGCUCAUGUCUGGUAUGAAUGCGUGUUGCGUAGAGCGCUUAUCAAACAAACUUCAAUACUUUUUUUCUUCAAACAAAAAAAACAUCUUGAAAGACAAUAAAGAUAGAGCGCGGUUAAUAUUUUUUAACUAUACGAAAUAUACCAAAGACACGGCAGCAUGUUUUUUGUGGCUGCCCAGAUAAUGAGAGAGAGAGUAUAGCUACAUUUAUUUUUAAAUAACUUAGCAGAGGAAAUUUUUGUAGGAAUAAGAAUUUUUAGAAUAAUUUCAAAAUAACGGAAAUUACCGAAAGUAACUUUAUUUGUGUACUCGAAUUAAAAAUAUUGCAAAAGCCCCUCAAAUGCGAGUGCCUUUGUAUUUAAAUCGUAUUUCUCACAGUGUCUAUGUACUCGAGAGCAUCUGUAAAUAGUCGCAUACUAGCCUAUUAACGUAUAUCAUUCACACUCUCGACGAACUAUUAUUUAAAUCUUUAUAGUUAAUGAAAUUAAAAACAAAAUACAAAAGAAAUUUCGAAUAAUAAAUAAACAUGAAAGAAAAUUGGUGCGUUUCAGUUCUGCGGAGCGAUAUCUUCCUUUUUUUAUAUGUAAUAAUAAUUGCGUAAUUAAAUUUUCUAUACAAGAAAAGUGUUCGUUUAGUAAGGUAAAAUAAUUUAAUAAAAAUAAAAAUUUAUUUACAUACUUUUUAUCGAAUAAAAACAUCAAUAUUGAAUGCAAUAAAAGUAUUAAAAAUUGAUUGAAAUAUAAAAAUCAUGUUGUUAUUAGAUCAUUUCCCGUUAAAUUAUACUCUUAUAAAUCAAAUUCUUUAAAGUUUCUUAUAUCUAUAUCAACGAAGAAUUAUCGCGUUUUCUUUGUGAUUGGCACAUAAAUUUUGUAUACUUUUAAAUUAUUUAAGGAAUAAAGGCAGUACAACAAAAUGUUUUUUGAUUAUCUUGAAAUUAAAAACGAGAUAAAAGGCUUUCUAAAAUAUUGGUACAUUUUUCUUAAUUGAAACUAGUUUUUAUAACUCUUUUAUUCAUACAGUUGGUUCAGACUGUUAGGGUUCUUGAUAAUAUCAAGAUUCCAUAUACAUCCAAAAUUGUACCGCGAAUGGUCCACACAAUCGUUUUUACUUAUGCGUUCACUCACUUUUACAACAUUGUCUUAUCUUCAUUAAUCACACGUCGACACUGCACGUAAUUUAAAAAAAAAACAAAAAAUAUUUGUGUGGCAGUUCGUCGAUUACUACUUAGCAC